CUUGCAGUACCAUGUCAGAAAAUAAAAUGUACCGAAGAUCGCCAACACUAGUAACCUGGAUUGCCAAAAAAAAAAUUAUGAAUAUUCUUGUCGGAGUUAUAUUGUCCAGAUGGGAUCUACAUAUAGAAAGAAAUGUCAUAAAUAAAAAGUGAGGAUAGAAUUAGCCCUGGGCCUGAACCCUGAAGAACACCUUGUGGAACAGACUUUGUUAGUCGCUUUGGUCCAAAAUUACAUGACUUCAAGCUUCAGUUAAGGUUGGUGGACCAUGCUCCUGAGCUCAGUAGGCUAAUGACUGAAGCAAGACGUGGUGAGGUACAAACACAUGAUGAGUUUCAAAAGUAUUGAAGCAGCGUAAAGUCAGACGACCAAAUGUCCUGUCUUCAGUAGUUAAAGCAGCAUAUUUGACACCAAGAAAAGAACACCGUCGUAACAAGAUAUUAUCUCCUUUUCUGAUAAUAUGCGAUAUUAAAAAUGAAUCUUUCUUACCAAAAGUUCUUAGACGUCGUCUGAGAGAGUUCUUAGAAUAUUUUAGGAAAAUGGUGUGUCAGUCAAUCCAUCUAAGACUGAACUGCUAGUCCUCUUCACCAAGAGACGGAACAUUGAAUAUUUCAAUUCACCGACCCCCAAGGAGUACCACGGACUCUCAGUCAAGAAGUAAAAUACCUGGGCGUGGUGCUGGAUUGUACGUUGUCACGGAAGCAGUAUGUCGACUAUAUCUACAAGAAGUCGAUAGCAUCCAUGUAGCAGUUACGUCAGGUAGUCGACAGGACUUAGGGAUUAAGACCAAUAGUCCUGCAUUGGCUCUACACGAGUGUGGUCAAGAGUCCACUGGAAUGGUUGUCAGUGAAGGCACACAUGAUUUUCAUAUUCACAAAGGCAUGGGUUUAGUCAAAGAUGUAUUCUCCAAGGAGAGUAUCAUGAAGUUGAAAGGAAAUAUUGGUAUAGGCCACAACAGAUACUCAACCAGUGCUAAAUCUGAGCAAGUGAAUUGCCAACCUUUUGUUGUGUACUCGAUGCAUGGGGCCCUUGCAGUAGCACAUAAUGGAGAACUUGUCAAUAAAGGGGCACUCAGGAAGCAGGUAUUGGGAAGAGGUGUGGGACUUUCCACUCAAUCUGACAGUGAGCUGAUCACACAAGCUUUGUGCUUAAUCCCUCCAGAUGGCGAAGUGAAUGGUCCUGAUUGGCCAGCUCGUAUCAGACAUCUCAUGCAAUUGGCUCCACUCAGUUUCUCAUUAUGCAUCAUGUUGAAAGACAGAAUAUAUGCUGUGAGAGAUCCCUAUGGUAAUAGACCAUUGUGUCUUGGGAAGAUUAUGGCUACUAAUACAGAUGAAAUAAAUGAUGGAAGUGGGGAUAUGGAUAGGAAUGAAGAAGGUUGGGUAGUAUCAUCAGAAUCCUGUUCAUUUUUGCCAAUAAUGAAGUACUUCAGGGAAGUACUACCAGGAGAAAUUGUUGAAAUGACCAAAUAUGGCGUGAAAAGUAUAGAUGUUGUGCCGCCGCCAAUAGGCAAGUCUUUGGCAUUCUGCAUUUUUGAGUACGUCUACUUUGCCCGCCCCAACAGUAUUUUUGAAGGACAAGAAGUGUAUAGUGUCAGAGUACGAUGUGGCAUGCAACUUGCUACUGAACACCCUGUGCAGGCAGAUAUGGUAGGAUCUGUGCCAGAAUCUGGAAAUGCUGCCGCAUUUGGGUAUUCCAAACAGUCUGGAAUCCCUCUAGGGGAACUCUUAUCCAAAAAUACCUAUGUUGGAAGAACUUUCAUCCAACCUAGCAACAGACUAAGGCAAAUCAACGUUGCACUGAAGUUCGGUCCCAUUUUGCACAAUGUCAAAGGCAAACGCAUCAUACUGAUAGACGACUCGAUAGUACGUGGAAACACUGUAGGACCAAUCAUUCGUCUAUUGCGAAGAGCUGGAGCAAAAGAAGUACAUAUACGCGUAGCAAGUCCUCCUCUGAAAUACCCCUGUUUCAUGGGGAUAAAUAUUCCGACUCGAGAGGAACUCAUCGCAAAUAAGUUGAAAGAUACUAAGGAGUUUGCUCAAAAUGUUGAUGCUGAUAGCAUAGAAUAUCUAAGUGUAGAAGGCCUCAAAACAGCUGUACAGAAAGAAAUAAACCCUGAUUCUAAGACAGGCCAUUGUACAGCUUGUCUAACAGGCGAGUAUCCUGGUGGAAUCCCUGACGAACUAACGUGGUGAUCUCCGAAGCUUCCUGUCAAGAUGUCAGAUCGAAUUCUCAGUAUUUUUUUAACGUCAAUUAUCGAAAUUUCAUUAGAGUUUAAACAGUACUUAAUAUUUCGCUAUUAUUUAACUUAAAAACUGUCUAACUAUCCACGAUAAGUCAGAUUUCAUCAAUAACUAAAUGAAAACUGAACUAUCAAAAAUCUCAUAAUUUUGAAAGGAUAGUUGGAAUAUGAGUUAAAUGUGCUUUGGUAUUUGAGGAAUUCAAAAAAAUUACUUAUUGUUGCAUUGUAGCUAGUUCACAACCUGUUACCUGACUUGUGAAUAUGUAUUGAAGUUUAUACUCUCAUUGUUUUUACUAUCACUUUUAUAAUAUUAAUGAUAAGUGGCUAACUCUCAAUAAGCUCCAACUAGUUUCGAUAUUGCCUUUUGAAUUAUAAGUAUUACAUGAACAAGGUGUUAUUAUAAGCAAAAAUAGAAUAUGUAUCUUUAUCAUCUACCUUUUAUUUUGGCACUUCUUCCUACAGUUUCUUAAAUCCUUAACAUCAUGGUGCAUCUAGGCAUGCAUGGUGACAAUUCUAAACAUCAUCUAUAUCGGUGUUGUAUCACAUCUUGUCGGAUAGAAUUAGUUAAAGAAAAAUCAUAUUUGCGCUAUCGAAAAAUGUAAACAAACUGGAUAUGCU